UCACUAACGGAAAUAUUAACUCCUACCGCAAAAACACUGAACUUGGUAACUCAAAGAUAUUAGAGGGUGAAAAAAAAUACAAAUACUACAAGUCAAUGUGCAAAACCCUGAUGAUUGAGGAUAUUUUGUUCAACAACUCAAAUGUCAAAAAUGCCGAAAAUCUGACGGAGGAAAACAUAGUCUUGAGCGAAAUGCAUAAUAGCUCCAAGAAAGCUUUGAAAAAGGCACUGUACAACGCCGAACAUUGGAAAUACCGUUACGGGUUAUAUUUCGACGAAUCCUACGACGGGAACGAUAAAACCAGAAUACUGAAGUUGAUAAUGUCAACGUUCAAUCUAUUGAUUAGUAACGGAUAUAUGGGCUAUUGGAAAUCAAUGGCCAAGAUACUGACGAAAAACGCAAAGCUCUGGACGACGCCGGCGCACAACAAAUCCGGAAUGCUCUUUAAGGUCAAUUUUCCGUUUGAUGAAAAUACAAAUUAUAAUACAAACAUUUAUCAGAAAAACAAUGGGUUUCAGUCCUUGAAGUAUUAA